AUGAUUAACGACAAUGACGGUCCCAAACGCCGGACGGACACCUACACUGUAUCAUCUGGCAAAUCGAACAAUGCCACCGUGUCAACCAAAACCGCGUCCGCCCUCAACUCGACACAGAAGGAUGAUAGCAAUGCCAGGGUGGUCGCGGCGGCUGCGCAUGCCGUGGUGCCCAACUUGGCGAAUCUGGUCCUAAUGGUCUUUUUGAUUUUGGGAGGAUGCUGCACGAACGUCUUCGCUCUGGAAGCAAUCAUCAAAGAACAACCCACUGCCGGCCCAUUAAUAACAUUUGCACAAUUCGCACUAUGCGCUCUAUUUACCCUCCCGCAUUUCAUUUCCCCAUCAACCGGACUCUCCGCCCUAUUCAUCAAACCCAGAGCCAUCCCCCUCCGCUCAUGGGUCAUCUACACCGCAUACUUCGUCUCAGUGAACCUCCUAAACAACUGGGCCUUCGCAUAUAAGAUUUCCGUGCCCCUACACAUCAUCCUCCGCUCCGGCGGCCCCGUCGCAUCAAUGAUGGUCGGAUACAUCUACAACGGCCGGCGCUACUCCCGCGGCCAAAUUAUCUCCAUCGCAAUGCUGACAGUUGGCGUAAUGGCCGCAGCCCUAGCAGACGCACAAGCAAAAGGCCAGUCCUUGGAAAUCGGCCUGGACGGAGAAGGAGAUGGCGAGGCCAUGAAAAACACCGUCAUCGGAUUCAGCAUUCUCGCGCUGGCUAUGCUUCUCUCCGCGUUUCAGGGUAUCUAUGCUGAUAGACUUUAUGCGUUUUAUGGCCGCGAUCACUGGAAAGAAGCCCUUUUCUACUCGCAUAUGCUCUCGCUGCCGAUUUUCUUCUCCAGUUGGUCGACUCUGUAUUCGCAGUGGCGGAUUGUGGCUUCUUCGCCGUCUCUUCUUUCGCAUUUAGACAUGGAGAAGACCAGUCCGCUUUCAGGCGGCAAUAUUUUCGGAUCUAUACUCGAAUUGGUCCAUGCUUCUCCGCAGGUCCAGAGUAUCCUGGACCAUAUUCCUAUUCAGGUAUCCUAUCUACUCAUGAACGCAUUAACGCAAUAUCUCUGCAUUCGCGGCGUUCAUCUCCUCUCGGCAAAAUCGUCCUCAUUGACCGUGACCGUUGCGUUGAAUAUUCGAAAGCUCGUCUCCCUCCUGCUUUCCAUCUAUCUCUUCGGAAAUCAGCUCGGAUCAGGGGUUUUGCUCGGUGCUGUGCUGGUCUUUGUCGGUGGGGGCUUGUAUGGGAUUGAAGGGGCGAGGUUGCGGAAUGCGUCGAAGGGGAAGGGGGAGAAGACUCAAUGA